UGAUGUCUGCUGAACUCGAAGCCGCACAAACACGCCUCUGAUUCGGUCUACGCUGAAGGAUUUCCUGGUUCCUCCUCUGCUCGAGGAUCCGGAUUAGGAUCCAGGUCUGUGUGAUCACGAGUAGCUCCAGACUCACAGUCACUUCCUGUCCGCUCAAAAGCGUCACAUCGGAAAGUUGGAUGCCUCAGCUCGGUUGUAACUUCUCUCGCGGCUCGAUCUUUUCCCCCGGCGGCGGUAACCGACUCUCAGGAUGACUCUGCCUCUGGAGGAAGUGAAGCGGAGGCUGGAGCUCGCCGGGCAGCCUCACCUGCUGCACUUCUGGCCGGAGCUGAGUGAGGACGAGCGGCAGCGGUUCCUGCAGGAGCUGAGUCAGCUGGACCUGGACGGACUCAGGGGACACUGCGAGGAGGCUGCGGCGGCUGCUGCGGCUCCUGCAGCCAGCCUGGACCGACACAUCGAGCCGGUGCCUGCAGAGCUCAUCGGCAGCGUCCGGAGGAGCGAGCAGAGCAGUCUGGCGGAGUGGGAGAGAGAAGGUCUCCUGCAGAUCUCACAGAACCAUGUCGGUGUCCUGCUGCUGGCCGGCGGUCAGGGGACACGCCUGGGUGUUCCGUAUCCCAAAGGGAUGUACAACGUCGGGCUGCCAAGCGGCAAGACCUUGUAUCAGAUCCAGGCGGAGCGGAUUCACCGAGUCCAGGAGCUCGCCGACAUUCAAUACGCCUCCAAAAGCAUCGUCCCCUGGUACAUCAUGACCAGCGAGUUCACUCUGGCUCCCACUGAGGCGUUCUUUCAGGAGAACGACUACUUUGGCCUGAAGCCGUCAAACAUCGUCAUGUUCGAGCAGAGGAUGAUCCCGGCGGUGACCUUUGAUGGGAAGGUCAUCCUGCAGGGUAAAGGGAAGAUCGCCAUGGCUCCAGAUGGUAACGGUGGUCUGUACAAGGCACUGGUGGACAAUAAGGUGCUGGAGGACAUGAAGAAGAGGGGGGUGGAGUACCUGCAUGUGUACUGUGUGGACAACAUCCUGGUCAAGAUGGCCGACCCGGUGUUCAUCGGGUUCUGCGUGAGCAAAGGCGCCGACUGCGGAGCCAAGGUGGUGGAGAAGGCGUAUCCGGCAGAGCCGGUGGGCGUGGUUUGCAGGGUGAAGGGCGUCGCCCAGGUGGUGGAAUACAGCGAGAUCCAACCAGAGACAGCUGAACUCCGAGGACCCGGAGGAGAGCUGGUCUACAGCGCCGGGAACAUCUGCAACCACUUCUUCACCAGAGCUUUCCUGCAGGACGUGGCAGAUAAAUUUGAAGGCCAACUGAAACAACAUGUUGCGUUAAAGAAAGUGCAGUUCGUCGACACACAAGGAAACCAAGUCAAACCAACCAAACCCAACGGCAUAAAACUGGAGAAGUUUGUCUUUGAUGUCUUUCCCUUCUCAAGGAACUUUGUCGCAUUUGAGGUGGUGAGGGAAGACGAGUUUUCUCCUCUGAAAAAUGCCAACAGCGCAGCCUCAGACAACCCGACCACAGCGAGGAACGCUCUGCUGGCUCAGCACUGUCGCUGGGCCGCGGCUGCUGGAGCCACACUGCUGGACCAACACGGGAAGCCACUUCCUCCUGCAGCCAUGAGUGUUUCAGAUGCUGACUGUCCUCCAGCUCAGUGUGAGAUUUCACCACUGGUCUCUUAUUUUGGAGAGGGCCUGGAGUCACUGCUGAAGGGGAAGAAAGUGGCCACUCCGUUUAUUCUGGACCAAAAACAGGCCAAAGAGCUUCAGGGUCACUGACCAAUCAGCAGACAGCGUUAGUUCAGUAUGAUUGACAGUAGACAUUUCUGUACAGUGAGGUACAGCACACACUGUCUUUCUGCCUUACAAUGAGAAAAUGUGACCUUUUAAUGUGAAAAUCAAAACAUUUCAUGCAUCUGUUGUAACUGUAGCUUUUUGUAUUUAGGCUACAACUCAUGUGACUUGGAUGUGACUGGGAAACUAAUGAGGGAUCUAUGUGAUUUUAUAUUAAUGUUUUAUUUGACAUCAAAUAAAAACGAUCAUUAUUCUUGA